AUGGAUAUCAGCGCAGUCCAGGGCGGACAGAUGCACAGAUUCGCCUGCUACAGCUGGUGUCAGGCACACCAAUUAGAAACAGAAAAGCCAGACGAUCAGUUCAACACUCUGGCCGGUUGUUCGUACGACGAAAUCUGGGCCUUCUUUUACGACCAGCAGGUCGCUGAGAUGAAGGCUCAGGGAAAAGAGUUUGGAGCUUAG